AUGGCUGCCUCGCCUUACCAGCAAGCUCUCGCUCUCCUGUGCGCCUGCCUGCUCCUGGCCGGCGCGGCGUCCGGCGGUCGCGUGGACGUGGAAGACAUGCUGAUGAUGGACCGGUUCCGCGCGUGGCAGGCCGCGUACAACCGCUCGUACGGGACCGCCGCGGAGCGUCUGCGCCGGUUCGAGGUGUACCGCCAGAACAUGGAGCUCAUCGAGGCCACGAACCGGCGCGGCCUCCCGUACCAGCUCGGCGAGACCCCGUUCACGGACCUCACCAGCGAGGAGUUCCUCGCCACGCACACCAUGCCGCGCCUGCGCGCGCCCGACGCCGCCGCCGCGCGGCACCGGGAGCUCAUCACAACGCGCGCUGGCCCCGUCAGCGACGGCGGUCGUCGCCACUGGAACUGGAACUCCACGACGGACCUCGACGUCCCCGAAAGCGUGGACUGGAGGACCAAGGGCGCGGUGACGCCGGUCAAGGACCAAGGACCUUGUGGCAGUUGUUGGGCAUUCGCGACGGUGGCGUCGAUCGAAGGCCUGCACAAGAUAAGGACGGGCCAGCUCGUCUCCCUAUCGGAGCAGGAGCUCGUGGACUGCUCGAGGUCCCCGCCCAACAAUGGCUGCGACGGCGGCGACCCUGGGGCUGCCAUGGACUGGGUGGCCGCUAACGGCGGCCUCACCACCGAGUCCGAUUACCCGUACUACCCGCCCGACGGGCAGCAGGGCAAAUGCAAGCCCGACAAGGUGCACAACCACGUCGCCAAGAUCAGAGGCAGGAAGUUGGUGGAUCAAAACAACGAAGCAGCGCUGGAGGUCGCCGUGGCGCAGCAGCCUGUUGCCGUGGACAUAAAUUCAGAAACCCUCCAGCACUACAACGGCGGGGUGAUCAAUGGCCCCUGCGACCCUGACAAGACCGACCAUGGCGUCACGGUGGUCGGGUACGGUGCCGAAUCCGGCGGCCACAAGUACUGGAUCGUCAAGAACUCGUGGGGCGAAAACUGGGGCGAGAAGGGAUACUUUCGCCUCGAGAGGCGCAUCAAGGACAACAGAGGCACGUGCGGUAUAGCCACAUGGGCAAACUACCCGGUGAUGUGA